UCUUGUCUCGAUCCACCCUUGAAGGUUUGGGACCUCACUAUGGAAGACUUGUGUUCUGGAGAGAUGACACUGGAUUCCUUCCGAGGCCUGGUCUUUGUUGGCGGGUUCAGCUACGCAGAUGUAUUAGGCUCUGCCAAAGGUUGGGCAGCUUCUGUGACCUUCAACCCUCGGGCACGGGCUCAGUUCCAAGCAUUCUACCAACGCAAAGACACCUUCAGUUUGGGCGUCUGUAAUGGCUGCCAGUUGAUGGCGUUGCUAGGCUGGGUGGGAGUGGACAGCCCCAAUACCAAGGAUGAAGGUAAGUGAGAUGAGAUGUUCCUACCUGGCAGAACGGGGU